AUGGACACAAGGCUCAUAUUAACCCUACUCCUGUUCUGGAGCCUUCCCAGUGGACUGGCCUCUGAUGACCCAGCAGCCGAGUUGGAUAAGGAGCCAGAGUACUGGAAUGCCCAGGCCAGAGGAUCUCUGGAGGCAGCUCUCCGCCUGCGACCCCGAGCUCACCGCGCCAAGAAUCUCAUCCUCUUCCUUGGUGAUGGUAUGGGUGUUUCAACUGUGUCUGCUGCCCGCAUCUUGAGGGGUCAGAUGGAGGGCCAUUCUGGAGAGGAGACAUCUCUCGCCAUGGACACGUUCCCCUACCUCGCCCUGUCCAAGACGUACAGUGUGGACAAGCAGGUAGCCGACAGUGCAAGCACAGCCACAGCCUAUCACUGUGGCGUGAAGGCCAAUGGCAAGACUGUGGGCCUCAGUGCCAAUGCAGUUGCCUAUGAGUGCAACACCACUUUUGGCAAUGAAGUCUAUUCUGUUCUACACCGUGCUAAAGCACAAGGGAAGUCGGUGGGCAUUGUGACCACCACCCGUGUCCAGCAUGCCUCCCCUGCUGCCGCCUACGCUCACUCUGUGAGCCGCAGCUGGUACAGCGACGCAGAUAUUCCCUCUAGUGCCCGUCGGCAGGGCUGCAUAGACAUCGCCACACAGCUGGUCACCAACACAGACAUCGAUGUGAUUCUCGGUGGGGGUCGUAUGUACAUGUCACCAAAAGGCACCCCAGACCCAGAAUAUCCUACAUCAUCUUCACGGAAGGGCGAUCGCAAAGACAAGAAGAACCUCAUCAACAUAUGGCUGAAUGCCCGGAAGGGAAGGAAUGCUCAGUAUGUUUGGCACAAGGACCAGUUUGAUGCGGUGGAUGUGAAAACCACAGACUGCCUCAUGGGUCUCUUUGAGGCAAAGGAUAUGAGGUUUGAGGUGUUCCGCAAUCGGACACGAGACCCUUCCAUUGUGGAUAUGACAGAGAAGGCCAUUCAGAUCCUAAGCAAGAACCCUAAAGGCUUUUUUCUCUUUGUAGAAGAUAACGGGAGAAUCGAUCAUGGGCACCAUGAUGGUAUAGCCAAGCUGGCGCUGACAGAGACGGUGAUGUUUGACAGAGCAGUGCACCGGGCAUCCCAGCUCACCAAUGAGUCCGAGACUCUCACCGUAGUCACCGCAGACCACUCCCACGUCUUCACCUUUGGAGGAAACACACCUCGGGGCAAUCCCAUUUUUGGUCUUGCAACAAAGAAGGCAGAUGAUAGGCUGCCUUACACGAGUAUCCUAUAUGCAAAUGGUCCAGGAUACCUGCAUGUAAAUGGGACAAGAGGAAAUGUCACAGCUGUGGACUACUUUGAUGAGGAGUACAUGCAGCAGUCAGCUGUGCCACUGGACUCAGAGACCCAUGGAGGGGAGGAUGUGGCCAUAUAUGCCAAAGGCCCCAUGGCUCACCUCUUCCACGGGGUAAAGGAACAGAACUACAUUGCCCAUGUAAUGGCCUACGCAGCCUGCCUGGAGCCCUAUACAGACUGUCCCCCUCUUCCGCAAAGCUCUGGGGGUCAAUCACACACCUUCUCAGGAAUGUUACUCUCUCUGACUGUGCUGCAGUGUGCCCUGUCAAGAUGAUUACGGUUCAUUUCUGCCUUAGAAGGAAAGUUUCAAAUUGCUCAAGCUGAGCAAAGGAACAUUUAUUUUGUGCUUUGUUUGAUUUGUCUGUUGAUUUGUUUUUGUUUGUUUGGUUGUUCGUAAACACAUUUUAUGGAUUAAAACGUCCUGUUAAACAGGAAAUAUAUGUUACUAUUUUUCAAUGGGAAGGUUUUCCUUUCCAUUAAUUUUCACAAUGUCUUUUGAGCAUGCUUAGCAAGUAAGUAUACUCACCUUUGCCCCUGGGUCUUGGGCGUUGCAAGCCAGCAAGUAAAAGCUGCACUUUACGGUCACUUAAGGUUGGAUUACAGCCUUGUUCAAGUCAGUUUACCGGCACAAGUCGCCAGUAAUUUACUGAACAAAAUGUAAAACAUUUUUUAUUACAAAAUUAAUGUAUUUCGUAUUUUUGUAUGCAUUUGUAA